GGAGACUUUACCGCCGCUGCCGCUCCGUUCCUUCUGCUCUACUGUUUUGUUUUGUUUUGUUUUUUUUUUUUACCGGAUAACUCACGGAAACACGGGCCAAAGUUUUCGGCGGAUAUAUACCGUCUUCCUGCGGCUGUGGAACGGCUCGGUCCGGUGUCUUCUCAGCGGUGUUCCGACAGUCGGUUCCCCCCAGCUGCGGGUGGCUAGCAUCGGGUACUGCUGCUCAACAUGGUGGCCUGUAGGCAACACGGAGCCCCGUCUGGAUAACUGAACAGGUUUCGGGACAUUUUUUGUUAUUGUUGUUGUUUGUUUUGAACGGUUUGUGUGGAGAAAAACAGCCACGGUGGGCGCAGUUUGACCCGGUUUUGGAGUUUCUUGUCGGACCGUGUAUUUUGUGGAACCGUUUAUUAUUUACACUUCACUUCUAAAGUUGUCACCAGGCCGCUUCAAAGUUUUAAACCCGGGGUGUAAAAGUGUCAAAACAUGUGGUUGGAACUGUGAAAACUGCUCACGGUUGUGUUUAGUGACCACUGUGUUAACUCUCAUUGGGAAUGAAUUGGAGCACAAGUGCAGAUAGUUUUUAACAGCCCCCCCUCCUCUUCCUCCUCCUCCUCUUCCUCCUGCCAGUUUGACCCAUUGUUAAUCUGUGGAUUAUUAUGGAUUACUAUGAUGGCCUAAUCACCAGACCAGACCUGGAAUUUUGGGAAUAACUGCAGAUUUUUUUUUUUUUUUUUUUUUUUUUAGUUUUUUUUUUUUUUUUUUUAGUUUUUGCUGCUGGUGAGAUGAUGACAGAGAAAAGCGAUGGAUUCCCUUCGUUGAGAUUUUGAGUCGAGAGGAGUUAAUUACAUGGAGACUCGCCUGACAUGCCAAGGAAGGAGUUGCCACUACCUGAGGGUUGGGAGGAAGCCAGAGACUUUGAUGGCAAAGUGUAUUACAUUGACCACAUUAACCAGUGCACCAGUUGGAUUGAUCCCAGAGACAGGCAGACGAAGCCUCUGACGUUUGCAGACUGUAUCGGAGAUGAGCUGCCGGUGGGCUGGGAGGAGGCCUACGACCCCGUGGUCGGAGCCUACUAUGUCGACCACAACACCAAGAGCACCCAGUUGGAGGACCCGCGGGCCCAAUGGCAGCGGGAGCAGGAGGCCAUGCUGCGGGACUACUUGGCCGUGGCCCGCGAUGCACUCAGCGCCCAGAAGGAGAUCUACCAGGUGAAGGAGCAGAGGCUUCUCCUGGCGCAGCAGGAGUAUCGGCAGCUCAACGACGCCUGGAGGGACAAGUCGACGUCACAGACCAGCUUGAACUCCAGGUCAUCCUCGUCCAGCAAAUACGACCCAGACAUCCUGAAAGCAGAGAUAGCCACUGCCAAAAGUCGGGUAAAUAAACUGAAGCGGGACCUGGCCUGUAUGAAGCAGGAGCUGCAGUACAAAGAACAAGGCUUCGCGACACUCAAAGAGAUUGACCAGAAGGUGUCCAACAGCCCGUAUGGCUACAAGCUGCAGGAAGCUCAGGCAAUCCUCAACGAGGUCCGCUCCAUCCGAGACGCCAUCAGCUCCGGGGAGAAGGAGAAGCAAGAGCUCAUGCAGAAACUGGCGGUGUUGAAGGACGGCUUCCAGCUGGACUCGGGCUCACAGCAGGAACUGUGGGGCAGCAGUCCGUCGCUCGCUAACUCGGAGCUGUCCAUCCCUCGGCUCUACUCCGACGCCGGCUCGCAGACUGACAUCCCCGCUGAGUUCAUGACCAGCACAAACAAACUGGCAGAGAAGGUUCGUCUGAGUCUGAAGUAUGAGGAGGCCAAGAGAAGGAUCGCGACCAUUGAGGUGCAGAUCGCCAAACUGGACAGCGAGGCCUGGCCGGGGCUGCUGGACCCCGAGCGGGACCGCCUCAUCCUCAUUAACGAGAAAGAGGAGCUGCUGAAGGAGCUGCAGUACGUCCGCCCACGACAGCGCCUGGAGCCCAACGAUGCAGAGAAGCUGGAGUCGGAGAAGAAACGACUGGAGCGAGACCUGCAGGCCGCCCGGGACAACCAGAGCAAGGCUCUGACGGAGAGGUUGCGGCUUCAUUGCAAGAGGAACAAGCUGGUCCGAGAGCUGGAGGAGAUGGUUCGUCUGGCCACCUCAUUACACACUCAGCUUAAAAGCCUGUCCGCCAGCACCCUGUCCUGUUCGUCCGGCAGCAGUCGAGGCUCUUUGACGUCGAGUCGCGGCUCGUUGGCCACCACCUCCAGCCUGGGAUCCACCUCCUCCCUCAGCUUCACAGACAUUUACCUGGAGCAGCCGGAACUGGCCGACCCGGACUUCCAGAACAAACUGGACAGCCUUCUGCAGGAGGGCGGGCAAGGAGGCUACCGGCCCUCCAGUUCCAUCACCACCAUCCACGAGCACGAGGUGGUGACGGGCUGCGGAGGAAGGGACUCCGGCCGACCCGAGGCCAAAACGGGAGACAUGGGAGGUGACGCGGGAGCCACUGUAGGAGGAGGAGGAGCAGGAGGAGGAGUGGAGGCUGGGUCAUCCAGGAUCCAGGCCCUCAGACUGUCAGAAACUCCCCACUCUAUGAGCUCUUUGUCCCCACGGUCCUCCCUCUCCUCCCUGUCCCCUCCGUGCUCACCACUCGUCACAGACGCCACUUUCCUGUCUGGAGAUGCUUUCGCAGGCCAGACGGGGCCCGGAGGUUUAGGCCUGGACCUAGAGCUACAAAGCAGACUAGCAGAGCUGGAGCUCGGCCUGGACUCUCAGGAGCAGAGACAGGAGGAGCAUGGAGGUCCAGCAGGACUGGAGGAGAAGCAGAACCACAGCAGUACACUGAACGAGGAGGUCAAAGACUCGACCCCCCAGCUGCGAGGGACGGGGGCGGGGUCUAAGAAGAUGGGCGUGACCUCAGCGGUGUCGGACGAGUCAGUGGCCGGCGAUAGCGGAGUGUACGAGCCAUCGGAGCGCAGGCCGGGCCUCCCUGCAGACCUCCUGGGUUCGUAUGAGGAGAGGUUAGCGCUCGGCUGCUCCCAGGUGCAACUCGGCCUCCGCUACGAGUCCAGAGACCAGCGCUUCACCAUCUACGUAAUGCAGCUCUCCAACUGUAGCGCCCUCUGUCUGCCGGCUGAACAGAAAAUGUACGUCCGUGUGGCGGUCCUUCCCUGUGUCGAGACGACUCGCUGCCUCUUCCGAACGCGUGGUUAUUUGCCUCAGGACAUCGUGGACAUCAACGAGGUCUUUGGCAUGCAGAUAUCCCACAGUGCACUGCGGCAGAAGACCCUAAGAAUCGAUAUUUGCAACACCAGCAACUCAGGCCACGAGGAGUGUUUGGCUGGAGCUCAGAUUAGCCUGGCCGACAUCAGCUGUUCCGAGGAAAGAUGCACUAAAUGGUACAACCUGCUGAGUCGCGCCUUCAUGCCCGAGAUCAAUAAGGACAAAGACGGUCGAGCCGCCACCAGCUCCGACAGGACUCGAGGAUCCAGCACUGAAAGAGUCAGAGUUCCAGAGGACGAUGAGUGGCACGGCGACCCGCUGGAGGCAGACCUGUUUGACGACGAGGAGGGAAACGGGGUGGAGGGGGUGGUGCCUCUGGAGGAGGAUGAGUUUUAUCCAGACAGCAGCCAAUGGGAAGCAGAGGAGGAAGAGAAGGAGGAAGAGGAGCGAGACGAGCAGGAGAAGGCCAUCAAACCGCCUCCUACAGCAGCCGUCGCCGAGAAGGUGAACAAGGAGACGAGUAUGGACGGCUUGUUGUCUUCUCGUCACUGCUCCGUAGUUCGGCCGAAGGAGCGACGUCCAGACGUUCCACAACAGAACCCGUUCAUGAGGGGGAACACGAUCAUCCGCUCUAAGACGUUCUCCCCCGGCCCCCAGAGCCAGUACAUCUGCAGGAUAAACCGCAGUGACAGCGACAGCUCCACUCUGUCCAAAAAGUCACCGUUUGUCAGAAAUGCCUCCGAGAGACGCAGCAUGCGCAUGAAGAAGCCUCCCGUGCAGGUCAAAGGUCUGGACGGUCUGCUUCGGACCUCCCUGGACCUGGAGCUGGACCUGCAGGUGUCCCGGACGCGUCAGGCCCGGCUGACCCAGGAGCUGAGGGUGUUACGGGAGCUGAAGGCGCAGCUGGAGAAGGCGAGGCAGCAGGGCCAGAGGGAGCUGCCGGCCUGGGUGCAAGAAGACGAACGCUUCCGUCUGCUCUUGAGACAGGCCGAGAAACAGACUCGAGAGGAGCAGCUGCAGGAGCAACGGGUGGAGAAGAUGAUGAGGGCGGCGGCCAAGGACGUCCACAAGAUCAGGGGCCAGAGUCGCAAAGAGGUCCCCGAGGUCCAGACCUUCAGAGAGAAGAUGGCGUUCUUCACUCGAGCAAAGACCAGCAUCCCGGACCUCCCGGCUGACGACGUAUAGAGAAGCAUUUCAAAGUAUUUCCCCUCCGAGUCUUAUCCUGCUGCUCUCACACAAAUGAAGCAAACGUACGGCGGUGUUAUGAAGUUAUGAGUUAAAUAAUAUGUUUAGUUAAAAAAAAAAAAAAAAAGAAAAGAAAAAUCAAACACAUUUUUAA